AUGGAAUUUGUUAAAGGUCGGAUAAUCACAGAUCCAGACCUUGGAGAGCUGUCUCCCUCGGAGCGAAGACAAGCCUGGUUCUCUGCCAUCGAAACCCUUGCUUGGCUUCAUUCUCUGGAUCCGGAUGCCAUUGGUUUGGAAGGAUAUGGCAAGAAGACGGAUUUCUAUGCUCGACAUUGCAACACUUUUAGCCGGAUUGAGGCUCAACAAGCAAAGGUCAAAGACGUCGAGACUGGCAAGGAACUUGGACGUGCCCACGAGAACUAUGAUGAGAUUAUUGAAUAUGUGAGGAAGAACCUCCCUGGCAAUCGCUAUUCCAUCGUGCAUGGGGACUUUAAAUUUGAUAACAUGGUCCUUCAUCCUACUGAGCCCCGCGUGAUAGCCCUGCUCGACUGGGAGCUAUCUACUAUCGGACAUCCACUCAUGGACGUACUCUUUACCCUCAGCCCUUUCUGGAAUGAGGUUGCCCAGGCAGGACAUUCAUCCGGCACAUCCAACGAAUCACCAUAUAUAUCAGAGAAUCGUGCCUCAAGCGGGAUGCCCCACCCAGAUGAGCUAAUGGAUCGCUACUCUAGUAUACGAGGGUUUGACCUCCGAAAAGACGGCGGUGGAAAGGACUGGGAGGUCGGGAAAAUCUUUCACCAUGUCAGAGGGGGGACCAUUACCCAUGGGAUCCAGGCUCGGACGAUAAGUGGACAGGCGAGCAGUGAAUUUAGUCACAUUUACUUCGAAAAUACCAAGAAAAGUCUGAAUGCGGCGUUGGCAAGAGUCAGGUUACUGUCUCAGACAAAUUCUGAUAAAGCCAAACUCUAA